AUGGAGUGCUUGCACCGCUUCUGUGGGGACUGCAUCGACAAGGCCAUCAGGCUCGGCAACAACGAGUGCCCCUCGUGCCGAGCCCACUGCGCCAGCAGGCGGUCCCUCAGAUCUGACCCACGCUUUGACGCGCUGGUGGCUGCUGUGUUCCCCAACAGAGACAGGAUUGAGAAGGAGGAAGCAGGCGGUCUCUGUGAGGGGGUAGCUGAGGGGUCUCAGCGCGCCGACCCACGCUUUGACACACUCGUGGCUGCUGUGCUGUGUUCCCCAACCGGGACAGGAUCGAGAAGGAGGCGCAAUGAAGAGUUCCAGAGGCGCAUAAAGGAGAUCUCUCGCCGCCAGGCACAAGUCUUCAACCGCCGUCGCCCCCUCUCCUCCUCCGCCUCUCUUUCCCUUGCUUCUCCUGAUGGUGUUGAUGCUACCACUGCUGCUGCUGCCAAUGGUGCUGACGCUGGUGCUGCUACUACCAGUAGUGGUGAGGGCUUGUAUAUUACCACCACCACCACCACCACCACCACCACCACCAUGGCUGCUGCUGCUGCUGAUACUGCUGCUGGUGCUGCUCGUGUUGGCACUGCUAUCAAGAAAAGGACACGAGAAGAGUCAAUGGUGGGAGGCACAAGUGGGAGUCAGGGCGUUGGCGGUAAAAGUGGUGUGGCUGUUGUCCAGAGGAGUGCCGAGAGGGGGAGAGUGAGUGUGGCGGGGAGUUGUAGAGAGGACGGGGAGAAGGAGGAGGAGGAGGAGGAGGAGGAGGAGGAGGAGGAGGAGGAGGAGGAGGAGGAGGAGGAGGUGGGGGAAGAAAUCGGGGGAAGAGUGAAACACGAGGAAGAGUCAGUGGAAAGGGACGAGGUGGAGGAGGAGGGAGGGAAAAUGAAACAAGAAUUAGAGGGGGAGGAGGAAACUUCUGAGCAAGAGGCGGAUAAGGAGGAGAAGGAGGAGGUGGAGGAUGGGGAGGUGGAGGAGGGGGAGGAGGGGAUGGAGGAAGAGGAGGAAAAAGAGGGAGAGGAUGAGGAGAUGGAGGAGGAGGAGGUGGUGGUGGUCACUGCAGCAGUACAGAGAAAGCAGAAGCGGUCUGCAAAAACAGGAGAGAAGAGAGAGCAGAGAGGGCAGAGAGGGCAAAAGAGGGUAUUCGGAAAUGAAAGAGAGGUGAAGGGAGAGGAAGGGGAGUCCAGCAAGGGAGCGGGGGGGAGUAGAGUCGGAAGGAAGAAGCUGCUUGAGGGGGGAGUAAGGGACAUUGGGACGCAGCAGAAGUGGGGACAGCAGCAGCCAUCAUUAGCAUCACACGGUCUUUGCAUGCAGCUGCCCACAACAUCUGAGCUGGCAUCAGCCGUCCACGUGGCACCCGCACUGCCACCUGGCAGCCAGGGCGAGGAAGGUGCAGGAAGGGGCUUGCGGCUAGAGCAGAUGCAGCCGAGGGCGAUCCGCUGCCCCCGCGCUGCUCUGCUUGCACGAGCACUGGUGGAGGAGAGUCGAUCCAAUUCCAUGCCGACAGGGGCACCCCAACGCUGCGGUGCUACUGAUGCUGUGGGGCCUGCACAGGCAGACGAUGGGAGUGUGGCUGGUCGGGCUGAUUCGGCUUGCCUGGAUGGUUUGACAGGUCAUUUUCUGCCUGGUGAAGAGAGUGUUCUUGAGCGGAUGCUGAGGCUUGUGGGUGGCGGAUAUGGGGUUCUUGAGUCAUCUGGAGGGCUGGUGCGAGGCAGACGUAGCCGUAUGAUUGGGGAGCAUAGAGGUGGCAGCUACCAGUACGAGAAGCUUGUUUCUUUGCUGCUCUCCUGCGGUCCUUGUUUCUGA